CAUUAUAGAUUUGACGCCAGUCUGAUAUUAGCAGCCUACAGUAUAAAUGUCAGUGAUCAGGCUCCGGUGUAUCGUUCUAGCAACUCUGUUCUAGUGUAGCGUUCAGUGCACAUACCGAUUGUCAUACUGCAGUGUUUAUAUUCUUGUGUGAUAACGUCCAAUUAAAAAGACAAAUAUGUCUCUCGUAGAUAUUUUACCGAACGAAAUAUUUUUAAUGAUUUUUGAUUUAUAUGACGUAUAUACUUUAUUACAGCUCAACAGGAUGUAAACCGUUAUUAUCUUCGUAUAAUUCUAAAUUUAUUACGUAUUACAACUGGAAAUAUGAACUUCCUGAUAUGAAUUACUACCAUAGGGACGAAUUCGUUAUUGAGUCCUUAGAAAAUAUGAGAAGCAUAAAAAUAAAAGACAUGUGUCUAAUAAUGACUGAAAAUGCAACUUGGUUUUAUGUCAAGAAGAAACUUGCAGCUUUUAAUCGUUCAGAGGACGGUACCCUUACAGGAGGAAGGAUUAUUGGAUUGUGUAACUGUCAAUUUUCAAGCAUUGCUUAUUGCAAUGAUAUAAUUAUAAGCGGCCACGUAGAUGGUAGUAUUAAGCAUUGGAAAAUUGAAUCACGGAAUAACAUUAAUAAUAUUCAACAAUUAAAAGCACAUUCCAAUGUAUAUGGUGAACACGUUUCGAACAUUGAAGCAACACCGCAACAUAUUAUAUCAAGUUCUUCAAAUUUAAUAAAGAUACAGAAAAAUUCCCUUGAAGAUGAUGAUUUUGCGGAAGAAAACGAAACAAUUUAUAGCGUCAAAAAAUUGAUUCAGUCAAUUUCAUUAGAUCCUACAGGAACAAAAGUUGCUGCUAGUGCCGAAAAAUCGUUACUAAUUUAUGAUAUUACUACAAAUUGUAAGGAAAUGGAUGAAUGUAUAAAUGAUAAUACUUGUUCUCAACUACUAUGGCAAGAUCCUCACUCUAUUCUCAUGCUGUAUAAACAACAGGUUAAAAAAAUGGAUAUAAGAACACCCGCAUUUGUACGUACAUGGGAUGCUUCUGUCCUAGACAGUAAUUAUGAAUUAUAUAGUUUUUCUUCAGAUUAUUUGUAUACUAUUAUAACCGGGACGAAUAUUGGCACAGUGCUUCUAUGGGAUCAAAGAUACAAUGAUUGCGUUCAAACGUAUGAUAUAGAUUGUAUUUAUAAAAACCCUAUAUAUUCUGUGGAAUUUGAUAGCACCCAUAUGUAUGCUGCGACACGAAACGAGGAUUUGAAUGAAUUGUUGUUUAAGGAAAGAUACUAUUGUGACCGCGCAAAAAGGAAGAAGUAUUUUAGCAAGUUUGUAUAAAUAAAAAAUGUUAACUAAUUAUU